AUGUCGAGCAAACGCACAAAGACGAAGACCACCAAAAAGCGCCCCCAGCGCGCCACCUCCAAUGUCUUCGCCAUGUUCGACCAGUCGCAGAUUCAGGAGUUCAAGGAGGCUUUCAAUAUGAUCGACCAGAACCGCGACGGCUUUGUGGACAAGGAGGACCUCCACGACAUGCUCGCCUCGCUCGGGAAAAAUCCCAAUGAUGACUACCUGGAGGCUAUGAUGAACGAAGCUCCUGGGCCCAUCAACUUCACCAUGUUCCUCACCAUGUUUGGAGAAAAGCUCAACGGUACAGACCCUGAGGAUGUCAUCAGGAACGCCUUUGCUUGCUUUGACGAGGAAGGAACAGGUUUCAUCCCAGAAGAUUACCUCAGGGAGCUUCUGACAACUAUGGGAGACCGCUUCACGGACGACGAGGUGGACGAGCUCUUCCGUGAGGCGCCUAUCGACAAGAAGAACAACUUCAACUAUGUGGAAUUCACGCGCAUCCUAAAGCACGGCGCCAAGGAUAAGGACGAUUAA